AUGAGAACUGACUUGCCUAUGCUUACGAGUGCUCGCGUCGUGGCGAGAUCCUGUCUGGCCGACGGGGAGCUACCACACGUUGUGUAUCGCCUCAAUGAGCUCCUCGACGACUUCUCUGCCGACUGCACCAUUGCUGAGGCCUACAAGCGGACGGGUAGUGUGCGAUUGAUGAAAUACCUCGCCGCUCGUGAAGAUCCCGACGAGAUAAACACCUUCUACCGUCGCUGGCUGUUCAAUACGGUAACGGAGAUGGCAGCACUAAGAGGAGACUUGGAAUCGCUUCAAUGGUUGAUGGAAAUCUACCUCCCCGACGAAUUCUCGCCCAAGGUUGUGGCAACAGCAGCUGCAAAUGGACACUUGAAUCUCUUGCGGUGGUUGUACGAGAAGUACCGUGACAGAGGUUACUGGAACCACACGGAGAUGUGUGGGGCGCUGACGAAUGGCCAUGUCGAAGUGAUAAAAUGGCUUCAGACACAUGCAGUACCGAGACCUGAAUGCAUGUCGAAGGUGAUGGAUGCUGCUGCGGUAGUUGGCAACCUUGAUACUGUCAAAUGGCUCCAUGAAGAACACAAUGUUUCCAUUUGUAGCGCCUUGUCGAACGCUAUGAGCAAUUGCCAGUGGGAAACGAGUCGGUGGAUCUUGGAACAACGUCACCUGGUCUUACCAUGGAUCAGUUGGGACCAACCGGCAAAGGACGGUGCACUUGAGUUUCUUAAGCUCCUUCAUUCUCACUCCAUCGGCCAUCUUGGCUACUUUACGCUUCAAGCAGCCGCAAGCAAUGGCCACUUAGACAUUGUGAAAUGGCUACAUUUUGAUCUUGGUGCAAUGUUGACAUGUGAUGCCAUGAAGAAGGCAGCCGAAAAUGGCCAUCUGGAUACCAUGAAAUGGUUUCAUGAGCAAGGAUGCACUGGUUGUGACGUUAACACGUUGAUCACCGCUGCUAGUAGUGGACAUCUUGACGUUGUGAAUGGUCAUCUGGAUGUCGUUAAGUGGCUACAUAAACACCAAAGCGACCGCUGCUUUGACGUUCUACUCGACGACGCAGCAACUAACGGUAGACUCGAUAUAGUGCAGUACCUGCAUGAACAAUUAAACGCUAACAGCACAACGUCUGCAAUGGAUGGAGCUGCUCGUGAAGGACACCUUGAAGUGGUCAAAUGGCUCCACGAACACCGAAAUGUCGGCUGUUCGACGUCCGCGAUGGAUUGGGCUGCUCAUAAUGGCAAUCUAGAAAUUGUGAAAUGGCUACAUGCCAACAGAACAGAAGGCUGCACUACAUGGGCCAUGGAUUGGGCUGCGUUUGGUGGCCAUCUUGAUGUCAUCAAGUGGCUACAUGAGAAUCGAAGCGAGGGUUGUCUCGACACCGCUAUGGAUAACGCCGCCAAGAACGGCCAUCUUCAUGUCGUCAAAUGGCUACAUGUCAACCGCACCGAGGGUUGCACCUCCAAUGCAAUGCGCGACGCCGCAAGUAACGGUCAUUUGCACGUUAUACGGUGGCUUGUAAGCCAUCGCUGUGAAGGCUCAACGUCUGUUGCAUUGGCAAGAGCUCUGAUGCGAAAUCACGUGGACGUAGUACUGUUCCUGCAUGCUCUUCGGUCUGAAGAUUUCUCCUUCUUAGCAACACAUUUCAUGUGUCAUUUGUGUAUGGAACUCACUGAAUGGAUUCUGCUUAACUACGCGGAUGAAGUGGAUGGCUGGGAAUUCGAGGUGCCAAACUCCGACUGGCGCUUCAACGAGUGGUGCGCGAGAGUUAAAUUGCAGCGCAUGCAAGACAACGAUGCAUCUACGUGGUGGGUCCUCACUUCGCAUCGGGAACGUUGCAGAAUAAGUAAAAUUUGGUAG